CCUCCGGUUUCUCGUCGACCGCAGGCCAUAGAUCCUCCCAUUCUCUUCUCAGCACUCGACUCUCUCCACUCAAAUUUCAGUGAAUUACUUGUUCACUGGCGGAUGAUCUCAUCACCACUCAAAGUCCAUCGCAUCCCAUCAUCCCCAUCCAGCAUUUAUGGCUUUAACAGCAUCGAAAUCGUCUCCCCCGAUGCCUAGCUCCCAAGACUUCUCUAUCUUUUGCGACCGAUAUCUUCCCACGGUCCUCCUACACCAUGUUAUUGGUCUCACUGCCAUCCAGUAUUAUGUUAUUCGCGAAGACUGUGCUCCUAAUGGACUGCUUCGUACCAUCUCAACUUUUGCGUCAUGCUUGCUAUGGACUGGCAUAAAAAGCGAUCCCUUGAUAGGCGGCCCCCCGUCAAGGUGUGUCAGGCUAUACUCAUCGCGCCACUCGUCGCGCUAGCAUGUCUGAAUCUUCUGAGUAUUCUGAGCCUUCUGCGGGAUUUUAUGCUCCGAUCCUCCUCAGCCACGGUCUUAUCAACACCUUCGGCGUGUAAGUCUUGUGACAUCUGAAUCAUACGUCGAUUAUCUUGCAUAGUCGGGGUGAUCAGUCCGAUAUAUUUCCGAAGCGAAGCCACUGUCCAAUAUAUCGAUACGUCUUGUUCCCUUCAUAGUGAAAUGGGGAUUCUUCUGCAUUGAGCCUCUCUGGCAAUGCAACCUACUCAACACGAUGAUGGGGUAUUGGAAAACAUGUAACCACAAUUAUGUACCUAAGCAGAAUUAGGUAUUGU